CAGACCUGCAUCGCGCCCGACUACCUGCUCUGCUCUGUGGAGAUGCAGGAGAAGCUGCUCCCUGCCAUGACUAAGGCUAUCCAUGAUUUUUAUGGCCCCAACCCUCAAGAAUCCCCGGAUUUUGGCCGCAUCGUGGGGGAGAGGCAGUUCCAGAGGGUGAGGAGGCUGCUGGGCAGUGGGCGUGUGGCCAUCGGGGGACAGAUGGAUGAGGAAAAGCGGUACAUCGCUCCCACAGUCCUGGUGGAGGUGCAGCCCUCAGAUCCCAUCAUGCAGGAGGAGAUAUUUGGGCCCAUCUUGCCUGUCAUCACUGUAGCCAACGUGGAUGAAGCCAUUGACUUCAUCAACAGCCGUGAGCGGCCCUUGGCUGUCUAUGCCUUCUCCUCUGAUGACAAGGUGGUGAACAAGGUCCUGGAGCGAACAAGCAGUGGUGGCUUCUGUGGCAAUGACACACUGAUGCAUGUGACGCUGAGCUCCCUGCCCUUCGGUGGGAUUGGGAACAGCGGCCUGGGAAUGUACCAUGGAAAGUUCACCUUCGACACCUUCUCCCACCACCGUGGCUGCCUGAAACGUGGGAUGGGCCGGGAGACCCUCAAUGCCCUGCGCUACCCUCCCUACAGCCAGCAGAAAUGGGGGAUUGUCCGUGCUGCUUCCGAGGUGAAGCGUAAGGAUGACUGUACCCUGCUCUGA